GAUCAGUUCAGUGCUAAUGCAUUGAAAAGACUCGAUCGCGUAUUUGUAAAAAUAUAUAGAAAUCAUGUCGACAGCCGAGCCAGAAAUGAUAACUUCAGCGGUUUCAGCCGCUGCAACCGCUGGGUUAUCGGCAAGUUCUGUUUUUCUCUCUCUCUUGAUACCUGCCCUGGUCCUGUACUACAUCUACUUCAGGAUUUCCAACCGUCAUUUGUACGAGCUAGGCAACAAGUUACCAGGCCCUGACGGCCUACCGAUCCUUGGAAACGCAUUGAUGCUCAGAGGAAGUGCCGACACCGUCUUUCGCACCAUAUAUAGAAAAUCUUUCGAAUACGACCAGAUCAUCAGAUUGUGGAUGGGACCGAAGCUGAUAGUCUUCCUGAUGGAUCCGCGCGACGUCGAGAUCAUUUUGUCCAGCCAGGUUUACAUCGACAAAUCCGUCGAAUAUAGGUACUUCGAGCCCUGGCUCGGCAACGGCCUCCUUAUCUCCACCGGUUCAAAAUGGCGUGCUCAUCGCAAACUGAUCGCGCCGACAUUCCACUUGAACGUGCUGAAAAGCUUCAUCGAUCUUUUCAAUGCCAAUUCGCGCGCCGUCGUGGAGAAGUUGCGUAAGGAGGGCGACAAUGAAUUCGACAUUCAUGACUACAUGUCCGAAUGCACCGUCGAGAUCCUUCUCGAGACUGCUAUGGGUGUCUCUAAGUCCACGCAGGACCAAAGCGGCUUGGAAUACGCUCUCGCCGUGAUGAAAAUGUCGAACAUUCUACAUAUGCGCCAUAUGAAAUUCUGGCUCAGAGCUGACUGGCUGUUCAAUCUCACGAGAUAUGGAAAAGAUCAAAUUCGUUUAUUGGAGAUCAUCCACGGGCUCACGAAGAAAGUCAUCGCGCGUAAGAAGCAAGAAUACAAGAGCGGUAAACGCAAUAUCAUCGAUGUCUCUGCACAAAAUGGCGGUGUCAAAAAUGGCAAUGUUCAAGAUAAAGACGCUUCUGUGGAGGGUCUGUCCUUUGGACAAGCGGCUGGUCUGAAAGAUGAUCUUGAUGUGGAAGAAAAUGACGUUGGCGGGAAGAAGAGACAAGCUUUUCUCGAUCUGCUGAUGGAAGCUGGUCAGAAGGGUUCUGUUCUCACGGAAACCGAGGUCAAGGAGCAAGUUGACACUAUCAUGUUUGAAGGACACGAUACGACCGCGGCUGCAUCUAGCUUCUUCUUAUCAGUGAUGGGUUGCCAUCCAGACAUUCAAGAGAAAGUUAUUCAAGAACUUGACGAAAUCUUCGGCGACAGCGACAGACCCGUGACAUUCCAGGAUACGUUGGAAAUGAAAUAUCUCGAGCGAUGUCUCAUGGAGACUCUUCGCCUGUAUCCACCCGUGCCACUUAUCGCUCGUACAAUCAAUACCGACUUGAAACUUGCAUCGGGAGACUACACGGUCCCAGGCGGAUGCACAGUUGUGGUGACGACCUUUAAGAUGCACCGACAGCCGCAUAUCUAUCCGAACCCGGAAGUUUUCGAUCCCGACAAUUUCUUACCCGAGAAGACCGCCAAUCGACAUUACUAUGCCUUUGUACCGUUCUCUGCCGGACCGCGUUCUUGCGUGGGUCGUAAAUACGCUAUGCUCAAGCUGAAGAUCAUUCUGUCCACAGUCUUGAGGAAUUUCCGUGUCAAGUCAGACAUCAAAGAAUCUGACUUCCGGCUUCAGGCCGAUAUCAUUCUCAAGCGAGCCGAGGGCUUUAAGAUCAGAAUGGAACCGAGGAAACCAGCGGCCGCCACCGCUUAAAGAGCGUUUUCGCUUGCGUAGUUAAUGGUAGAAAGUAGCAGUAUAAUGAGAAGAGGCGGAGUUUGCGAAUUUCGAUUAAAGAGAAGAACGCAUUCAAAAAGACGCAAAAAAAGAAAAAAAAAAAUCCGCAUCUCGCAUGUGUAGAUUGCGUGCGCAAAUUGCAUAUAUGUAUAUAUGAACAUGCAUGUAUAUUAUUGAUCUGUGGUCGUUAACCGUUAUGACAUUUAUCGCUUUUGAGUUUUGAUAUUUAUCUCUCGCAAUAAAAUGCAGUGUACGCGCUACGAAA